UUCCCAGUACACUUCCUGCGUCUUUUACGCAUUGACCUGCGGUCAGCCACCAUCCAGGCAUCAAAUUAUCUGCUAGAAUGGGGUAUUGUUCUGCCCCUACCGGAAUCGGGGCCCUGUAUAAAUUUACCGGCCAAGCCCUGGAAGCGUUUCGAGGCGAACAGAGAUCUCGCGGAGCGGAGGCUCAAAUUCACCCAACAAAUUCAGACGAGAUGCCCCUCUGUGGUGGUCUUGAUAACAAUGGCAGAUAUGGCUUGGGUGCCGGUUUCCACAACCUUAACGGUUACGACGGACAUGGUUGGCCUUGCGGCGGCAACGCUGGCGCCAUCUACUACCCUGGCGCAUCGGGCGGCGGCAACGUCGGCGGCAUCUAUGGCGAGGGCAACGUAAUCAUCAUUAAUAACUACAGCUGCGGCAAUUUAGACAGCCCAGUUAGACGGAUGAGCCGUCCUUGCUUCGAUGAGGAUGAGGAGGAGGAGGAAGAAGAGGAUGGGAAUGAUGAAGAUGAGGACGAGGAGGAGGAAGAUGAUGAGUAUUGACCAAACUUCAUUCCCCUGUAUCAUGCAUGUCAGGUGAUGAUCUGGGUUCAGGUUGUAUCUUUUGCACAGCAUAAUAAAUAAUGAUUGAUCUUCGUCUUCCUCCUCGACCUUAA